AUGUCAUCUAACGACGAUAAUACACUUCAGCAGCCCCGCGAAGAAAGCGAGGGGCAACAGGAGCAACAAGAACAGUCAACUUCGCAGGCCGAACAAGAACAGCAACCGGCGAAAGACCAGAAUGAUAAUCAGGACCAAUCGCAACAGAAUAGCGACCAACAUAACGAAAAUGAAGCGAGGCAACACGAUGAUAAAGUGAACGAGAACGGCGACGAGAAGGGCGAGGAGGCGAACCCUCAGGCCCAACCCAAGGCCAAACCUGAGAAGAAGAAACAACCUCAAGCUCAGCCUCAACCCCAACCGGCCCGUGCCGAGUCAGAGAAGCCUAGUCGAUCACGACGACGCCGCCGUAAUCAACCGGCGUGGAUGGAUGACGAUAAGGAGAAUGACUACGGAAAACAGAUGGCACCUCGUAGGCAACGUCAGCCAUCACUACAGUACCAGCCCCAACAGCAGAUGCAGCAGAUGCAGCAGCAGCAGAUGCAACAAGUACAGUCACAGCCUCAGAAGCAAGAUGGUGGAAAGAAUCCGCUGAGGUUGCGAUUGGAUCUCAACCUCGAAGUGGAAGUGACAUUAAAGGCCCGGAUCCACGGUGAUCUGACUUUAUCUCUCUUGUACGUGAUGAUAACCCUCUUCUUACCCUGGAAUAUCUACAACAUUAAAACACUCUGA